AUGUCUUCCCCAGACUUCACUAAGCUCCCCGCCUUCCCCGAGAUUUUCACGCGCGUCUGCGACAUCCUCCUCGCCAGGGAUGACAUGUCCUCCCUCACGACCCUCAUCCGCACGUCCAAGGAUCUCGCCGGAUACGGUUCCGCCGCCAUAUACGCCCGUCCUACGGUGAACGAGCGCAACAUAAGGGGCUUCUUGCUCGGUCUCGAGGCCGAUUUCAUCAAAGACGUCCUACCAGCUUUCGCCAAAAAGCACAAGAGCAAGAACAAGGGGGGCACCUCGAGGUACAAGCCCACCUGGUCCUCGGCGACCCGCAAGCAUGUGCAGCUCAUGCUCGUCCAAGAGCUCGAGCUCAAGCAGGUCCCGACAAAGCUCGCUCGCAAGGCGGGGCCGGUCGACAAGCACGUCGUGAUCCUAUCCUGGUGUCUCACUGUCGCCACCGGGCUCGGCAAGCGCAUCCCAAGCCUCUUCUACCGGCUCCGGGCCAUCCGAUUCCUAGGCGACGUGGAUUCCGGGACCAAGAAGACCGCCGAUGAUUCGGACUACAAGUUUAAAGCCACCAUCCACUUGGCCCCAUACACCCCUAUCCCGUCCGAAGCAGAGGACGAGUCAGACGCAGACUCGCAAGCAGGAGCAGCUGCCGCUUCCUCGCCGUCCUUCGAUGUCUGCAUCCGCAUCGAGUACAAUUCGCCUCGGCACGUCGCUCUGCGGGGUAUCAUCACGAUUGGCGACGUUCUCCAAGGCAUCGGAGCUGUGCGCGCUUGGCUGGACAGGAUCAGCGGCUGGCACAAGCUUCAAAACCUCACGAUCCACGCUCCGGACCUGGCUAUCUUGCCCGGUCUCGACAUCCUUCAUUGGCGAGGUGGACUACGACUUUACUUUACCCGUCAACUCAGGCAGACGCCUGGAUCGGCCAGUAAACCUGCGGAGCUGCUCGAAGAGGAGGCUGGUGCCUACCUGAACGAGAUGAAGGCUACCAUGGAUGGUCGGACCGGGAGCAUCCAAAUCCUCGGCGCUUUCGACAUCCAUCCCUCUCUCUCGGGAUGUACCUCUGACGAUCUGCGCAAGCUCGUCCUCGACAAACUGGCCGACUACGAUAUGGAUUUCAUGUCGAACAGUCUCCCGACUACCAAGACCGCUCCAAUUUAUUCUCCCUACCCCAUCUUCUCUCUCGCCGAGGACCCGAUCGAGUAUUGGUUCGCUCCGAAGGGGUAUGGCGGGCCGCCUUGUCUGUGCGAUGGGGCGAAGCGUAUCACGCGGGUCAUUACAGACGUUUCGCCGCAAGCCGCUACCUCUGAAGGACAUGUCGACCUACCCAUUACACGUCCCCCGCCAUCUAGACCCGUACACGUCGAUUCGAGCCGAUUCUAUGCCCGGCGCUUAGGUCCGAGCGCCGCACGGACGCCUUCCUCCACCUAUAAGAGUCCCUCCCGCGUCCCACUUAUUCUCGAUUUCGCCUUCCUUCCUUCUUCCCUCUUUCAUACCUCAUCCUGCAUCAGCCUCAUCCCUCGCGAUACUACACUGCAUCAACCACCAACCCUUAUCAGUCAGACACCCCCUUCAUCACCGCUAGCUGCCGCCAAGGCACGUCACUCCGCUCACUACCCUAGCGCGCCUCCUCCCAAGAUGCUUCCCUUCGAGACCCUCACGCACAUCUGUACCAUCCUGCGAGCCCGCGGCGACACCCACUCCCUCACCAAGCUCAUGCGCGUCUCUGCCAAGAUGUACGAUAUCGCCUCGCCCGUCCUCUACCACCGGGUCCGGAUCACCGAGCGCGACAUGAAGAGCUUCCUUCUCGGCCUCCGCCCACGAGAGCGGAAGCCCGUCAAGCUCGUGGCGAAUCAGCGAGUCGCCUACCGCAUGCGUGCCUACCACCCCAAUACCGCUCGCCAAACGCGCAAGAUCAGCUUACUCGGGCACAUCGUACACCUCGAGCUGAUACUCGGCCCGGUGGAGUGGCGUUGGUCAUACCACCAGAGCAAGCGAUAUCGUCUCAUCUUACAAUGGACCCUUGAGGGUGCCACCUCGUCAUCCGGUAUCCGACUCGGAGCGCUUCAAACAAUCAAGCUCUGCGAUUCGUCGCGCUUCGAAAACCUGUCAGACAGCGACGCGGUACUUUCCACUAUCAGCAUGCACCGGGUCACGCGACGCCCGGAAGUUGACUCUGUCUCCACGUCCGACCAACACCCCUACGCUAUCCACGUGCGACCCGGGGAAGAUCAGGUCGUCUCGGGUGAUAGCAAGGUCGUCAGCGCCUGGCUAAGCAACCUCAGCGCCAGAGGCGACCUGGCCAGCUUGACCUUCACCGGGACGGUCCCCGCGGCGCUCUUUGAGAAGGCUAGCUUGUGGCGGACGGACCAGCCCAUCCGAAUCGAUAUGGACCCCAGGACGAAUGAGUCAUCCAUAUGGGUCGGCGAGUACAAAAAGGAAUGGCGUCUCCAGCAGACAUCUCACUCCCUCGAGCUAUUUAAGGUCCUGUUAAAACAGAAGUCCGACGCCGAGAACGCCUCCAUUCGGAUCGAGCUCAUCCAUACCUUCACGUUCGACCUCGAUGAGACUGGAGCCGAGGCGCUCCAGCUCCGCAACGCCGUCCUGGAGUCGCUGCGACAGUCUCAUGGUAUCGUCCAAACGGCGGAGCUCGGGGCCAACGGCGAGGUCAAAACGGUGCUCACUGCCUCGAACGGUUCCAAGGUGUACAUCGUGGAGGAGGAAGAGGGUCGGGAGGCAGCUCAGUCUGCUUAA